AAAACUCUUUUUCCCUCGCGAUCAUUUCCCUCCAGGUCCGGCUACCAAACUCUAAAUUCUUCUCGAGAAACAACUCUUAAACCCUAAAAACUCUGUUCUACCGUCACCAGUACAUCCAAGUACGUAUUCAAUUGCUUUCUUUCAUUAGGGAGCUGGAAAUGGUCAACUCUCCAUGAUAUUAUGAAUUCACUUAUUUAAGCUUGUCGUAAGAAUGAGGGAGAUAGUGACUGUUCAAGUUGGAGGUUUCGCAAAUUUUAUUGGCUCUCAUUUCUGGAACUUUCAGGAUGAGUUGCUUGGGUUGGCCGCGGAUCCUGGUAGUGAUCUGGUCUUCAAGAAUCUCCAUCAGUAUUUAAAUAUGGAUGUGUUCUACCGUAAUGGUGAAACUCAGCAGGGUGUGCUUACUUAUACACCUCGUCUAGUUUCCAUAGAUAGUCAAGGUUCCCUUGGAUCUAUGAGUUCACGUGGUACACUCUAUAAUGAGUGCUCACCGGCACCAUCAGAAGUUACCACGUGGACAGGCCACAUUUCCACUCAUGCAUUUGAAGCUCAUAAGAAGAAUUUGUUCUUGCAAAGUUUAUAUGAAGAAGAGCAGGAGAGUUUGAAGCUCACUGGUAUCAACAAGGGGGGUAAUCAUGCUCAAAGAGAAAUUCGGGAUCAGGAUAUAGUUGAAUCUUUGGAAAACGGUGUCCAAUUUUGGACAGACUUUUCAAAAGUGCAUUAUCAUCCACAGAGUUUAUAUGAAUUUUGUGGAUUAUGGACGGAUGAUGAGGAAUUCAACAAUUAUGGAGCUGGAAGAGAUAUUUUCUCUAGUGGUUUUCGAGGCGAAGAAAUAGGCGAGAGGCUUCGUUUUUUUGUAGAAGAGUGUGACCAUAUUCAGGGUUUUCAAUUCAUUGUAGAUGACUCAGGAGGUUUGUCUGCUCUGGCUGCAGAUUUUUUGGAGAGUAUUGCAGAUGAAUAUACUAGCACGCCAGUUCUGCUCUAUUCUGUGAGAGGUCCUGGUUGUCACAUAAGCCCAGAAAGCCAGAAGCAAAAGAUUUCCAGGAGUAUUCACGACUCUGUAUCAUUUUCAAGACUUUCUUCCUUGUGUAAAUUGAUUGUGCCAGUUGGUUUACCCUUUCUAAGUAGAAGUAAAGCUUCUACAUACCUCUGCAUUGAAGAAAAGCCUUAUCACUGCAGUGCAAUCUAUGCUUCUGCUAUACAUGCUAUUAGUCUCCCCUUCAGGAUGGAACCACUUGGACCCACUGCAGACUCUUGUCUUGUUUCUGGUGCUAUGGAUGUAUAUGAGCUUGUACAAGUGUUAAGUGGGCAAGAUAGACAGAAUAUGACAACCAUUCUUGACGUUUCCAUGCCAGCUCCUCCUCUAUCAGGAAAACAUGUUGAGCAAUCUUUGCUAGGGAAUCUGCAUUCGUUGACACCAGAGGUAGCAGAAGUAGAAGAUUUGCAGGCAGUGGAAUCCAUGACUGUUCAUGGAGCCCUCGGGUCAGGAGGUUCCCACGCUUCAGUCUCUGACGUAAUGGACACAGUUAAUGAGGCUUAUAAACAUGCAUUAACAAGGCCAAAGUUCUGCCAUCUGUCGGUCGCUGCUUGCCCUCUUCCAAUACCGUUGCCAUUUCCUUCGAUCUUUGGCAGUCUGAUCGGCCAGCAUGGGGAGCUCUUGAGCAGCCCACUUCCAGGUUCUUCAUCAAGGGGAUCACUAGAUGUUCACUCCAUACCUAUGGCAGCUAGACUCCGUUCCAGCAGUGCUGUCUUACCAUUUUUGGAGAACAGAUUAUUAAAUCUUCGGAGAUAUGGAAUUGAGCGAGGGGCACCUGGGGCCGAGUUACUGAGAAGUUGGGGCUUUGCAAAGGAUGAAUUAGAAGACAUCGAACAGAACCUAAGCAAAAUGGUCACAACUCUUGAUGAUCGUUAUCAGGUUUCCUCCGACUCAGAUUAAGUUUGCCAUUUCCUCAGUAUCCUCAUCCCGAAAGCCUAUAAUAUUUUAAACUGAAUUUAAAGUCGAUAACUUUCUUGGAUUUCUAUGAGAGUUAUUUUAGUUUUAUUAGGGUUCUUGAUUUCCUGUAUUAUUAGGUAAGCACCGAAAUGUCGGUUACUAUAGUAGCUCUAUACGUUUCCGGAUUUGUUGCUAUUGAAACAGUUAUGAAAUACAGUCUGCAAGAUGUUCAUAAUCAUAUAGACAAGAAAACAAGAAAAAUCUAUAUUUAUUAUAGUUUCAUUCGUGGAAAAAUCAAUUAGAACAAACAAAACUGGAGUUUUCAGGA